AUAAAAAUAUAAUUUAAGAGGAACCGUUUGUAGUCAAAUGUUUUAUUUGUUUUCAUGUUAUUGGAUAUUCUUAAGAAAUUAAGCUAAAGCUGCGGCAGACUUCUUAUAAGAAUAUCUCGAUUCUUCUCAUCAAUGUUAUAUGGUUCAUGCGUGAUCUGAAAGACCACCUGUAUAUCGAUUAAGUGGAGCCUCUCCAGCUCUAAGAAGUCCUUAACACUGUCAGAUUACAAAUAUGCAAGGUAGGGAGCAAUCGUACAGGCAAUGGGUUAUUGAUGUAGUGAAUGGGAAUGUCAAAUUAAACCGAGAGGAAGAGGCGGAGGAAUGGACACAUCGUUGUAUUUACAAAGGGUCCUUCACUCCCAGGCUUGUUUCGCUGGGUCCACUGCACCACGGCAGCCCUCACCUCCAACCCAUGGAGCACCACAAGCGUCGUGCACUCCUCUACUUCCUUGAUCGCUCGAAACACUCGCCCGACGUCUACCUCAAAAGCCCUGACUUCCUUAACAUGAUGCUGCUUGACGGCUGCUUCUUGCUUGAACUCCACCGCACCACCACAGAUGAGGACACAUCAGGCUACACAGACAAUGACCCGGUGUUCGGCCCCAAUAGGGCGGAUUUCUUUGCGGACAACAAGACUCACGACCUGGUGCUGUUGGAAAACCAAAUCCCGUUGCUGGUCUUGCAGACUUUGUUGGACCCCUUGGGGGGACGCUCCGAUGCCGCCGAGGCCCAUAAGGUGGCGUAUGAGCGCCUUUGGAAAACCCGGAGCCGUAAUCACAAGAAGGUACCAUCAGCCACAGCACUACAUGAUGCCGGGGUGAAGUUCCAAGUGAGCCCGAACGAUGCCAACAUAGACAUCAUUUUCGACGACGGGGUGCUGAAGCUACCCUAUCUAGUCAUUACCCCAGCUGAGAAAACCUUUCUAUUGAAUGUGAUGGCUUUCGAGCAGUUGCAUGUGGACAUGGAUAAUCCUAUCAGCUCAUUUAUUAAAUUGCUGGAUGAUCUGAUAGACACAGCCAAAGAUGUCCAAUUGCUAGUAGAUAGGCAUCGGAACUUGUGGAGGGCUCGCUUCGUCAACACCCACCUUCGCGACCCAUGGACGGUUAUAGCAUUGCUGGUAGCGGGGCUCCAGUUGUGUCUAACUUUGAUUCAAACUGUGUAUUCGGUGUUGAGUUAUAUUAAGUAAUUUAUGUUGU